CUCACCACCACCUGUUACUGUAGAGAGGCACAGUAGGUGCUACGUAGCCACCUACUGUAUCAACCUCUGGAUCCCACCAACCUACAGCUGCGCCUCCUGAUUCCUCAAUCUGCGCCCAUUUUAUCACCACGGCUGGCCCUUGCAUCCGACCUCUUCUCCCAUCGUUUUUUUUUCAUGCCUGGUCUUCCUUCCAUUCGCACUCGAAUUGACGAAACAACGCAUCGUCGAGGGGUUCGCCUCGCCCUUUUAUUUCCAAGGAUUCGUCGCUGCUGCGCCGAUAUCCGCUGCCGCUGGCAACAACGCGCACACCCGUCACCUCGCGGAUCUCGGCACGGGCUUGAGCUCCUCCUGCUGGCCGCCCUUGACUCACUGGGUGUCUUUUUUUCUCUUGUUCGUCGGCGCCUACAACACCAAACGAACGACGACGACGACGGCAACGACGCCGCCGACAGUCGCUGCGCACCCAAUCGCCUCAUGUCCCGCGCCCCCGACCAUUCCGUUUCGACUUGGUCUCGAGGAUCGUUUCCCUGCCACAGCCGCAGCAGCAUCACCACCACUACACCAGUACCAGUACCAGUACCACUACCACCACCACCACCAGCCCGCAACGCGCCCGCGCCCCGCUUGCAGAGUAAGUCGGGAACGGGAGGGCUGCCCCGAUCCCCGAACCAUCUGAUAUCGCCGCCGCCGUCGUCAUGUCCAGCUUUGCCCGCUCCUUCAAGCCCCCGGCCUCGUACCUCUCGCCCGUCCGACGCCCCGGCAUGCCCGGCCGCACCAUCAGCAACUCGUCAGACUUGUCGCUGACGUCCAACGCCAGCGGCCCCGCGGCCGACGACAAUUCCCGGGAACAGUCCGUGUCGGCGCCGGGCACGCCGUACUUGGGCGGACCCGAGGACGACCAGCGCGCGUCGUCAACCAAGAACAGCCCCGACGGCUUCCCGUUCCACUCGCCUCGAAGCGCAGGUCAUAGCCGUCCCAUCGCCAUCGAGCUUCCCAAAUUGAAGAAGCUCGCCUCUCCCUCGUCCGUUCGCACGCCGCCGGAGCCACUUUCCGCGCGGGGCGACCUCCCUGGAGGAUACUUUCCCAACCACGAAGACCCCAAAAACCGCGUCCACCGCCCACACCCCUUCACCACCUCCAACGAACCACGCAACCCCUUCAUCCUCUCCGACUCGGUCGCCAUGCAGGCCGACCGCAGGCUGCCUACCUCUCACCCCGGCUUGUCGUCCGCCAUGGCCGCUCCGGCGAACCUCCCCGUCUCGUCGUACCUGGCGCCCGGCUUCCACGAUGCGCCCGUGCCGAUGGGCAAGUACUAUCCCUCCAACUACGAGAGGGGCACGCGCAGCAACCUUCAACGGCAAACACGACACCCCGACGAAACACCUUCGUCCAUCAAGUCCGACUCGCAGGUACCCCAGUACAAGGCGGCCGCGACUCCCGAGGCCGAAACACGGCGCAAGAUGCAGCAGUAUCAACGCGACAUGAUUGCGCAGGCUGCCAUGGCCCUGGGUGGCUCAUCCAAGGCAGCCAAGACGAGCGCCACCGUCGCUCUCAACGGCGUCCCGCUCAACGACUCGUUGUACACGUCGUCGCCGCACAAGCCCGCCUCGCCACGCCUCGACCCCCUCGGCAGCCCCGGCCCCGUGACGCCCAUGGACUUGGACGCCGGUCGCGUCGGCUACCUGGACAAGGGAGUGGACAGGCUCUCCAGGGACAGCAUGCCCCCGCCGGGCGCACCCGUCGGACCGCGGUCCAUGUAAACGAUUGGAGGAACACCGCAUUUGGGCAUUCGCUUUGCUUGUGCAGAACACGACACACCAGGCUUGGGCGACAUUGCACUCCCAUGGCAUGAGCGAACGACGCAUUUUUGGCCGCAUUCUAGUGCAGAAGCUGGCCCCGCAUGGAGUUUUUGGUCGUGGCUGCAGAUCCCAUCUUGCAAGCUGCGGUUGUAUGAUACCCUUAGACAGAACAGAGAUUGACUCUUUGGCUCGAA